AUGUAUAACCUAUAUAAACCUUCCCCUUUGGGAUUUAAAGGUACGCGCAAGAAAAACUCGAUUAUCGUCAAAGAAAUUUUCAUAGUUACAACGUUACAAGUAGAUCACUGGAAUAAGACUUCUCGACAGACCCAAGCUCGCCAAGCCAUUGAUGCCGAGCGUCACGCGGCUCAAAGAGCUGCUGAGACCUCUCAACAGUCCCAAGCUCGCCAAAUCAUUUAUGCCGAGCGUCACGCGGAUCAAAGAGCUGCUGAGACUUCUCAACACACCCAAGCUCGCCAAAUCUUAGAUGCUGAGCAUCAAUCUUCGUACAUAGCCGCAGAGACCUCCGAAGAAACACGUAGACGACGUUUCAUUAAUGCCGUAAAGGAGACGUACGUUUACGAUGAAUACGUGGGAAGCAUUUGCUGA